AUGCUCAAGGAUGCGCUGGGCAUGGCCAUGGCGAGCUUGAAUGUGGACAAGCCACAGGCGUCGUGGAACAUGCGGGGUGCAUGGUUGCUACAGACCUCUUCCACCAGCUGCGCGCCGGGAGAGGCCUGCUACGCAGAUCAGCUGCGUCUCACAAUCCUCCUCUUUGUGUUGGUGGGCGCCAUCGCUUCCAUGCUCUGCGCCUUCGGUUUCUUCCGAGAGGACAAGGACGAGCUGCUGACGCCACUAACACCCCAGCUCGUGGUCAAGAAGGAGGAGCGCCUCGUUUUGCAGCUGCCCUUCGAUUCCAAGGAAGACAACUUCCUCGUGACAAAGGUGAAUGGAGACAUCUUUUGCCAGGUGGAGUCAAAGUGGCCGGAUCCCUUUCGGGAAGGCAGCAAGGCGCCCGAGGUCGAGGUGCGCUUGUCAAGUGCAAAGAGUCAGCCGCUGACGAUGGUCUCCACAGUUGUGGAUAGGAACUUCGUCAUGGCAAGCCAUGCAUUCUCUCUCUGCCGAAACCACAGCAAGGACGAACCCUUCGCGUUCGUGACGCCCGAGCAGCCCGAGAAUCCAAGAAGAUACUUCGUCAGGCACAGGAUGGGCUACCCGUUGCUGAGCUUAGAUGGGGAUUUCGGCGCAGAAGGAGGCCGCAUCAACAUUCGUGGGCUGAACAAAGACAACUACCAGAUCUGUGGCUUGGAGAACACGGACUCCGGCGAGAGCCAGUGCUUUGUCCUGCAGCACAUCGAUGCAGGGCUUGUCCUGGGAGCUCUUUUGGCCGUUCGCCUCCACAUCAGGCACUAUCGCUACCACUGA